AUGUAAUCCUAAGAAAAUUGGUUGGAUAACUCUAUAGAACCAUUUCAAAAGUUUGAAUAAGCACAUUCUAAUUCCAUUGAAUGCUUGUAAUUUAAUCCUUCUAAUCAAUCAGAGUUGGCGACAGGCUCACAUGACAAAUUAAUAAAAAUAUGGGAUGUUACGAAGUAAAAAGAAUCAGCUAAGUUUUCAGGACAUAAAGAAGGAAUUUGGUCAAUUAGUUAUUCUCUUGAUGGAAAAUAAAUUUUUAGCGGAUCUCCAGAUAAAUCAAUUUUAGUCUGGGAUGCUAAAAGCGGUAAGACUGUUUAAGCUUUAAAAGAGCACAAAAAUAGAAUAUACUGGAUUCAAGCGAGUGAUAAUGGAUUAUAUUUAGCAAGUGGAGGAUAAGAUGGGCAUCUCAUACUAUGGGACUUACGAAAGUUGAAGCUUAUAAAAGAUCUUCAAAUAUCCAUGGAUAUUGUUUACAACAUUAAUUUCAGUCAAUAAAGCAAAUACUUUUUUACUGGAGACUCAAUGGGAGUUAUCAAAGCAUAUGAUAGUUAAAAAAUAGAAGAAAUUUAAAAUACAAAGGCCACAUAAAAGAAUAAAUGUUAUGCAAUUUAGUCAUUAAAAAUAUCAGAAGAUAACUAUAAAUUAUUUGUAGCUUCUAAGAAUCAAAGUAUUAGCGAGUAUAAUUUUGAUGGGAAGAAGAAAGAAUUAACAAAAAUUAAUUAAUCACCAGUUCAUUGUGAUAGCGUUCAUUGUUUAAAUUUUGAUAAAGAUAAAAGAAGAUUUGGAACUGGUGCUAGAGAUGGUGCCGCGAGGGUUUGGUAAACUGAAAGGAAGGGAUAAUUUUAUAAUCCAUUGUAUAAUCUAAUCGGUCAUAAACAAAGAGUUACUGCAAUUGAAUUUCACGGCACUGGAAAGAUUAUUGCCACUUGCAGUUGGGAUUAAAAUAUCCAUUUAUAUAAAAUAUGA